CCAGUACUGGACCUUGAUGCCAGUGAUAAGAACCACCACAGCGGUAAUAUAGGUGGUGGCUGGUUGAGUGACGAGGGAGGUCACAACUAACAGCCAGGAAAUCAGCAGUACAGCUACCGGGAUCACUAGAGGGUUUAAAGCUGGGUGACCUCUGUCACUUGUCACUAUAACAGCAGCUGCUCAGGAGUUUGAUACACAAUCAUGACUGUGAACACAGUGGCUGUCUGUGUGGCCCUAUGUUGGAUCUCAGGGCUGAGCGGUCAGCCAAACAAUCCUCUGAAAGAGAAGUUUGCCUGGAAGACACUGGACUAUGUGUUCGAGGAGGAAUGGAUCGCCCAGGAGGCCAAGACGCAGAAACUGUUCAUCCCAGAAGACAAUCUGCCAGUGGGCAUGGAAGUGUGGCGUGAGAAACUAUUUGUCACAGUCCCGAGGUGGCGUGAAGGUGUUCCGUCAACAUUAAAUUAUGUUCUGCUAGACAGUCCAGAAAUCUCGCCUCCGCUGCUGCCAUAUCCUGAUUGGGCUGCUAAUCGCCAGGGCGACUGUGAUGCCAUCACCACCACUUACCGUGUACGAGUAGACUCGUGUGACCGGCUAUGGGUCCUCGACUCUGGUGCCAUCGGACUUGGAAACACAACCAAACAGCUGUGCCCCUACGCGAUCCACGUGUUUGACCUAAACACAGACACCAGGAUACGGAAAUAUAAUCUCAAGAAAGAAGACACAAAUUCAAACUCUUUCGUUCCUAACAUUGUUGUCGAUGUGGGUGAAUCAUGUGAGGACACGUUCUUGUACGCAGCAGAUGCCCUCGGCUACGGCCUAAUUGUAUACUCCUGGGCUAGCAACGACUCCUGGAGAUUUGAACACGGCUUCUUCAUGCCAGAUCCCCUUGCGGGCGCUUAUACUGUUGGUGGAGUCAGCUUCUACCAGUGGCAUAACGAGGGAGUGUUUGGUCUUGCUCUGUCACCUACAUACUCCAAUGGAUCCAAAACCCUCUUCUUCCACCCUCUCUCAAGUUACAGAGAUUUCUACGUGUCUACCGAAGUACUGAAGAACAAAACCAAGACCGGGAGCAGCUACAAUGAGUUUUACCUACUUCCUUCGCGUGGUACCGGAGGACACGUAUCCACUCAUGUCAUUGACCAUCGUGGAAUCCUCUUCUACAACCUGGUGGACCAGAACUCACUGGCGUGUUGGGACUCUAGUAAACCCUACCUCAAAGAGAACCUUCUCACUCUGGCUCAGGACGAGGAAAAGCUGAUCUUCCCUAGUGAUGUUCGCAUUGACAGAUCCAACACCCUCUGGGUCAUGUCUGAUAGGAUGCCUGUUCAUCUCUUCUCCAGUCUCAACUACUCUGAUUACAACUUCCGCGUUAUGUUCUCGCCCAUUGACCAACUCAUCAAGGGCACUAAAUGUGACCCCGGGCUGCCCGAAUAUAGGCUUACUCCCACCUGGGCCGAAGCUUUUUACACAUGACCUCCAACCUAAUUUAUAAUUUUCUUCACCAUAGUGGAGAAAAUAUCCAGUGGAUAUUCCAUUUGUUUUAUCCACACUUUAUCUUAUCCAACUAAAUAAUUAUGUGUGUAACAAUCAGGAUAGAUAUUACAAUGUAAACGUAAAGUAUGUAAAUAAAAACUUAGUUACCUAAUUAGCCCUUAA